AUGGUUUCCACGAACGUUCCCGGAACACAAACGGAGCCAAAUAUGAAGCCCGACUAUGAGGUUAAGCUCUUGCUCAAUACAAGGGCGGUCCUCACUUCAACAAACGAGCUAAUUGACUCCGUUCUAUCGACCUUCAAUAUGCCAACUACCAGUAUGAAGCUGAAUUUUCAGUUCCUCGACACGAACUCCAAGGAUCUCUAUACUGCCAGCUGGAUAGCCCGCAUUCGCAAGCCCGAUAAUCAGGACGACUUCGAGUUGACGUAUAAAAGGCGUUACGCUAUCUCGGGCGGUAACAUUGAUGCCGCUCUCACCGCGGCUAAUCAUGAUGGCUUCAACGCUGGUAGCAAGAAAUAUAAGGCGCAAGUCGAUUGGGGCUACAGCAAACAGACACUUUCUAUUAGUCGCGAUAAGACUUUCGCGGAUCCUAAGAGAAGUAAAACGGACCUUCCAGGAACAAGCGACUCGCGUAAAAUGCUGAUCGAUGAAGCGCCGGAUAAGUUCGCAAAUUGGAAGCUCGACAAAUGGGGUACUACCGUGUUAGCAGAAUCACGUAUUUUCGGGCCACUUCUUACCAGGCGCUUCAUUGGCUUGUGGAACAAGAUGCCGCUAGAUAUCGAAAUCCUGCCAAUCCGGAACCUUGCAGGAACAGAAGUCGAUUACAUUGUUGAAGCUUCUUUCAAGACCAAGAGCCACACGACUGCUUUGACUGAGCAGAGUAAUCUAGCCGCCUUCCUAAAGAGCAAGGAUUGGCUUCUUGCAGAGGACUCGCUUAAGACACAGCUAAUUAUGGAUCGUUAUUGA